AUGAACCACGACUCCACCAUCAAGGGAAUCGAGGCCGGCGAGAAGUACGACGGUUCCGGUCUCCGUAUCGCCAUCGUCCACGCCCGAUGGAACGCUGCCGUCAUCAAGCCCCUCCUCGAGGGAUGUGUGCGCAAGUUGGUCAAUGAAUAUGGUGUUAAGACUAAGAACAUUAUCAUUGAGUCUGUUCCUGGAUCUUGGGAGUUGCCUGGACACUGCCAGACUUUGAUCCGCAAGGGCUACGGAUCCUACAACGCCGUUAUCGCCAUCGGCGUCCUCAUCAAGGGCAAAACCAUGCACUUUGAAUACAUCUCCGAGCAGGUCUCUAGCGCGCUCAUGAACCUCUCCACCGAGACCUCCACCCCCGUCAUCUACGGCGUCCUCAACGUCCUUAACGACGAGCAGGCGUUGUUGCGCGCAGGUGUCGGAGAGGGUGGUCACAACCACGGUGAGGACUGGGCUGCUGCGGCGGUUGAGAUGGGUAUCAAGACCAAGGUUUGGAUUGCGGGGGAGAAUCCUUAUUCUACGCCUGCGGAGAAAUAUCUUUAGAGCGGUAGGGUGUACGAUAGUACGAUAUGAAGGAAUGGAAAUAAGAUAGAC